AUGCAUGGUGGUUAUCGAUUCUUGUGGUCCCUAAGCCAACCACCACCUUCUGGUCUUUUAGCAACUCCUAGUGAUUAUGAAGAUCCACAAGAAAUCUUGCCCGAAGGAUUCUUCCAUCAAACGUCUGGGAUUGGGAAGGUGAUCGGUAGAGUGGGCUCCACAAGCGGCUGCCUUGGCUCAUUCAGCAAUAGGAGGAUUUUUUCACAUUGUGGAUGGAAUUCUGUGCUAGAGAGCAUAUGGUUUGGAGUCCCAAUUGCCACGUGGCCAAUGUAUGCAGAGCAACAGUUUAAUGCCUUUGAAAUGGUGAUAGAUUUGGGAUUAGCGGUGGAAAUUAGAAUGGACUAUAGGAAUGACGGUGGAGUAAUUGCGUAUAGCAAUGAAAUAGAGAGAGGAAUAAAGUGUUUGAUGGAGCAUGAUAAUGAGAAAAGGAAGAAAGUGAAGGAGAUGAGUGAGAGGAGUAGAAUGGCCUUAAUGAAUGGUUGA